UGCGCAAAGGGCAGAGGCGUAAUUUCCCCCUGAGAGCUCAUAACUCUUUUUUCUUGCAACUUGCUCUCUCUCUCUGAGGGUGAGUAGGUGACACAACAACAACAAGUGGAUGGAGCUCUGUUUGCUUGGGAAGUUGAAAACUUUGAACACAACACAAGAACCGCUUACCACGGAGACAACCCAAUACCACUCCCUCCCCAAUACCGCCACAUAAAUACCACUAAUCCAACACACAUCAUUUGGGGACCCCAACAAGUUAGUACUUCCCAUUUCAUGCCAGUACUAAGCUGCACCCCUUUAGUGGCAUACUUUGAGGUACAAUUACAAAAGCACCGUAUCACCCUUCUCUUCUACUCUACUACAAACAAUUAGGGUUUACAUGCAAAACGCAUCAUCACUGAAAAAAUUAUUAUCUUCAGAUAAGGUUUGGGGUUUCGAUCUGAAUAUUAUCUUCUGAAUCGAAGAUGGCCAAUCGGUGGUGGACUGGGAAUGUGGGAAUGAUAAGAGAACAAGACUUGAUGGAAAACAAUAGCAACAACAACACAACAACCACCCCCACCAAUAGUAGCAACAGCAACAAUAACGCCAACACCAACACCACCGAGGAAGAGGUCAGCAGGGACAACGGAGACGACCAGAACCUCGGAACCCACGAAGCUUCGGAACCGGGGAGCAGCGGUCGGAGGCCACGUGGCAGGCCUCCGGGCUCCAAGAACAAGCCCAAGCCACCGAUCGUCAUAACCAAGGAGAGCCCCAACGCGCUGCGGAGCCACGUCCUGGAAAUCGGCAGCGGCAGCGACGUCGCCGAGACCAUCGCCGCCUUUGCCAACCGCCGCCACCGCGGUGUCUCGGUGCUCAGCGGCAGCGGCAUUGUCACCAACGUCACGCUCCGCCAGCCCGCCGCACCCGCCGGCGUCAUCACGCUGCACGGCAGGUUCGAGAUUCUCUCCCUCUCCGGCGCCUUUCUGCCCUCCCCCUCUCCGCCCGGCGCCACCGGCCUCACCGUGUACCUGGCCGGCGGCCAGGGGCAGGUCGUCGGCGGCGCCGUCGCGGGCUCCCUUUUGGCCUCCGGUCCCGUCAUGGUCAUCGCCGCCACUUUUGCUAAUGCCACUUAUGAGAGGCUGCCGCUAGAGGAGGAACAAGGUGAGGAAGAAAUGCAAGUGCAACAACAACAACAACCACAACAAUCUCAGGGCUUGGGUGAACAGGUUUCAAUGCCUAUGUAUAAUUUGCCUCCUAAUUUGCUACACAAUGGUCAGAAUAUGCCUCAUGAUGUGUUCUGGGGAGCUCCACCUCGUCCUCCUCCUCCUUCUUUCUAAGCCUGUUUAAUCUUACUGACAUGUCAAGUAUGUUAAUUUCUGACGCUUUUUCUUGUAAGGUUAGGAUUUUUUUUUCCUUUUUUUAAUUUGUUCUUCUGAGAGACUCGAGUGGAGUAGAUGUUAUUAUCUUUAAGAUAUUUUGUAGUACUUUGUUUGUUUGUUUGUUGGUUGAUUUUUCUUUUUCAUCUGUCUAAUCAAUAUGCAAUUUUUGGUA